AUGGGCAGCAGAAGCAAUUCCAGGCGGAGGAGCGAAAGCCGCGGCCGAAAGGCACCCAGCCGCCGUGCGUCUCGCUCACGCUCGAGGUCCGACUCUCGCCGGCCACGGCGGCAGGACUCGCGGAGCAGGCGCUCUCGAACGCCCCCGAAGCGGCGAGGUCGCUCGCCUUCCAAUCGGAGGAAGCGCAGCAGCUCAGGGGGCCGUCGUUCUCGAUCCCCUCGCUCGCGUGACAAGAAGUACAAGAAGCUUCCAGAUGAUAUGGCGGACAAGAGGUUCUACGGGACGAUGAGAAUGGUGAACAAAGGAUCCGGCUUUGGUUUCAUCUCGUGUCCUGAAACUCGGGCAGAGUUCGGCAGAGAUGUCUUCGUGGAUCUGAACCGGUUGCCGCCCAGCUGUGAUCGUGAAGGAGACAAAGUGCAGAGCUCAGAGUUCUCGGAUUGA